UGUUUCUCUGGCGUUUGGGGGCCUCCUCCUUUUUUUUUUAAAUUAUUCCGGGAAGUUCGGGAAGGGAAUCAAGCGGGUUGCCCUUGAGGAGAGGCGGAAACCACGGGCUGCGGGGCCCGGAUUCCGGCCUGGAGCCUUUGGGAGGCCCGUCACAGCCCUCCCUCCUUCCCUCCUUCCCUCCCCCGGUCAGGGGCGGAGGCGGCAGGGAGAAGGUUCCCGGGCAAAGCGCCGCCCCGUCCCGCCUGAUUUCGAGUUAAGAACUCUCCUGAUUACGUGAUCCAGUUGUACUACUUGGAAAAUGCCUGGCUUCUUGAUAUAUAAAGCCUGUUGGUCUGCAUAACCCAGCGCUGCUAACUUCAACCUGCUGUUUUUUCCCCCACGCCUCUGCUAUUCUGGAGAAAACGCCUGAUCUGUGCAGAAUAGAUCGGACCACAUCCAGGUCACCUGUGAGCACCUGUCCUUAAAGGAGCGUGCUCAGCCAUGGAGAUGGAAGACGAGACGGAGAAGAUCAACAUUGGGACCGAAAGCCUCCCGAACAGCGAGACAGCCGACGAAAGAGCUCCAUUCCACAGCUGGCCACACAAAUGUACCUCCUAUGUCCUGGCUCUGCGUCCCUGGAGCUUCAGUGCUUCUCUCACCCCGGUGGCCCUGGGGAGUGCCCUGGCUUACCGCUCCCAGGGCACCCUCAACCUGGGGCUUCUGGUUGGCAGCGCCGUCACCGUCCUGGCAGUCCAUGGAGCCGGCAACCUCGUGAACACCUACUAUGAUUUUUCCAAGGGCAUCGACCACAAGAAGAGCGAUGACCGGACUCUGGUGGAUCAGAUCUUGGAGCCUCAGGAUGUGGUCCGAUUUGGGGUCUUCCUAUACACUUUGGGUUGCAUUUCAGCAGCAUGCCUCUAUUGUUUCUCCACCCUCAAAUUGGAACACCUGGCCUUGAUUUACUUCGGAGGGCUCUCCAGCUCUUUUCUCUAUACUGGAGGCAUCGGAUUUAAGUACGUUGCGCUGGGUGACGUGGUCAUCCUAAUCACCUUUGGGCCCCUGGCUGUGAUGUUCGCCUACGCCCUCCAGGUGGGCUACCUGUCCAUCUCGCCCUUGCUCUACGCCGUGCCCUUGGCCCUCAGCACGGAGGCCAUCCUGCACAGCAACAACACCCGGGACAUGGAGUCCGACCGGCAGGCGGGCAUUGUCACGCUGGCCAUCCUCAUCGGCCCCACGCUCUCUUACGUCCUCUACAACAGCUUGCUCUUCCUGCCCUACCUCAUCUUCUGCGUCCUGGCUACCCGCUACACCGUCAGUAUGGCUCUGCCUCUCCUCACCCUGCCCAUGGCGUUUUCCCUGGAACGGCAGUUCCGGAGCCAAAGUUUCCUCAAAAUCCCGCAAAGGACAGCCAAGCUCAACCUUCUGUUGGGACUUUUUUACGUCUUCGGCAUC